AUGGUCGCAUCAACGACAUCUGCAUCGAGCUCGCGGCUCUUGCUGCCGGGCCAGCCACUUUCUUCCACGCUUGCGACCAAGCCAGGGAAACCGCAGCUCGAGCUCGGACUGGGCACAUACUCUCGCGGCGACUACAUCCUGUCCUCGCUCGUCGGCUACGAGACUCGCUUCCCGUCGACACCGGACUCUGCGCCAUCAUCGUCGUCUCGUUCGCAAGCACCAAAAUCCGAGACAGUCUCGAUCAGCGGUGUGGAGAAUCGCUUUGUGGUACCGCGGCCCGACUCGACGGUGAUUGCACGCGUGACGCGCGUGACGCCGCGCCAAGCGUACCUGUCGAUCCUGAUUGUCGACGGCCAGCCGUGCGGCUCUUCGUCAUCCACCUCGUCUACAUUCGUACAGUCUGGUCUUGGCAACCAUGCAGCUGGCGAAGGUGAAGGGAUCGACUUCCAGGGCGUCGUUAGGAGUCAGGAUGUGCGCUCGACGGAAAAGGACAAGGUGAAGCUCGCCGACUGCUUCCGGCCCGGCGACAUUGUGCGCGCAACAGUCAUCAGCCUCGGAGAUGCACGCAGCUACUACCUUUCGACGGCAGCAAAUCAUCUCGGCGUCAUCUACGCCCUCUCGGCAACAUCCGCAGGCGAAUCAUCCAAUGCCCACCAGGGUCCCGGGUGGAACAUAGCCGGAAACCAAAUGGUGCCCAUCAGCUGGAACCAGAUGAUCGAUCCCAUCACCGGCAUCGUCGAAAACCGAAAAUGCGCCAAACCCGACUCCAUCUAG